UCAGCAGUGCUGAAAACAUUGCCCGACGUUUGGUGCAAUGAUUUUUCGGCGAAGUAUGCUAUAAGUCGCUCCUGGUUUACUAUAAACACAUUGCAUGAAGUUCAUAAAUACCUUCGAUAUCAUGUUAACCUAAAAACUUUUAAGAUUGAAUCGGAAUUACCGUGAAAAUCGCCAUGGAAUGAGUGCUGUCAAAAUGACCCUUCCGAGGAAAAUGACAAGUGAUUGCGUGAUAAAAUCGGCAUCAUAAUUCUUGAAGAGACUCCAUAAUCCAUCAUGGAACCAACGCAGAGAUUUCUAUGCACUCGUAGUCUAGAUGCUUUGAAAACAAAGGAUAAAUUCAUCUGUUAGAUAUUUCAUUGAAGUCGUCAUGUUUGAUCAACAUUGUUAAAUAGCUUAAAGUGGCCUAUGCCCUUCUUGCCCAUGAAGUACCCUGACUGUCGGCUGUCCAUGGAGGCUAUCUGGUCUACAUCCGUGCACUGCUGGCUCCGACAUGAGCUAGAACAGAGGGGUAUUGAUUCCCUUGUCUACACAAGAUACAUCAUCAGCUUGCUAUUACAGGAUGGAGAAGACUUAGAUGUGUUGGACCCGGACCUAGACCCAGUGCCUGUGAAGCCACGGCGCAAAGGUCAGAGGUCGUGUGGAAAACACCAGCGGCUGUCGUCGAGCGAGGAGGAGAGGAAGAAGUUUGCAGCCAUACAGUGUUUGUCUGCAGUCACAGAUGAAAAAUCUGGGAUUGAGACGCUGGUGGAAGAACUUUGUUCUCGACUCAAGGACUCUGAAAUACAAGCCACGGUGAGCCCAGCAGUUAAAUCUCGAUCCUGUAGCAGCGAAGGAAGUGAUGACAGUGGCACAGAGAAUCAAAACCCUGCUCAGAAGUACUAUGCUGCAUUUCCUGCUCUGCAAGGCAGUGGUACUUCCUGCAACCAAUCACCCACAGAGACUGUGUGGGGGAAGAAUCCCAUUGUUAGCAAGACCCUCGCCUCUGAAGAAGACAGCUCCAGCACCAAUGAGGAUGCUGAGAUUCGUAAAAUAAACCGCUCUGAACCGGUCGCUGUUCCCAAACUGAGGAAACCAAAGAGAAACAGGAACCGGAAAGAGUCACAGGGGCGAAACAGCCGAGGGAGACGAGACAGAGAUCGGCCUCGGUCCUCGGGAAACAAGCAGACAAGGGGAAAACAAUCGCAGAAGGAGCAAAGGAAGCUACAGGAGUUUCCUAACUGGCCACCAGGAUUUGCCAAACUGGAUCAAGCAAUUUUACAGAAUCUGGGCUACUUGGAGGAGGAUUUUGUGUUCUUGGCGGAAAGUCCUAAAAGGAAAGACGAUGAGCUUUGCACAAAGGUAGAAUCACUUCUUAAAGGAAUUCUACUUCCUGCUCCAGCCAAAACUUACAAAGAACUUGAAGAUGUCGAUGAUGAACUGCCUGAAGAAAUGCUCAAGACUGGGAAAGUCUCAAAACCUCAGCCGAAACCAACUGCGGAUACUGCUAUUGACAACUUGCAGACCAUAUAUGUUAAAUCUGAUGCUGAAUCUCAGAGGUCCAGUGCCCGGGAAGAUAAUGUCAGCCCUGAGCUGCAGGAACAAGAGAUCUGGUACACACAGCCCAUUAAUGCUGUGUUUCAAAACCAAGAAUGUGAAACUGCCAACACCCAAAGCUCCAAGCUGAGACUGUACAAAAGAAACAGCUACCCUGAUUUUUCAACAGAUGAACAGGAAACAAAGGAUUCAUGGGAAGAUUUGAACAGCCCUUCUUCUAGUCCUCAAGAUGGUAUUUUCAGAACUUUCAGCGCAGCCUCCAACUCCAGUGAUGAUAUAUUUGAUGGGUCGGUUCUCAUUCCAGCCUGGUUGACUGAGGUUAUAUCAGCGGAUGAGAACAGUGAUGAUGAAAUAGAUCUCUCAGCCUCUCUGAAGUCUUCAAGCCCUUUUCCAUCUUUUGAACAAGGCCAUGCUCGGCUUGCAAAUUCUGUGAAGAAAAACGAAAGCUUUGAACAGCUGCAAAACUCAUGGAAAGAAGGAAACGAAUUCACAGGUUCUUUUUAUCAGCAGGAUCUUGGAGGCCCAGGUCAUGAUCAGCACUUUGAUGAAAACUCUACACCAACACCAGAUAAUGCCUAUCAAACUCAAGGGGGUGAAAGGCCAAUUUCUGUUUCACUUGUUGAUUUGGACUACAUGGCAAAGUUUCUGGAAGAGAACUCAUCUUCAGACUGGCAUUCCUUCAGUCCUGAGGACCAAAUAAGCCUGCCCUUUCCGGUAGAAAGCUCUGGUUCUUCUGGUAUGUGGCAAAGUCAGGUUCUUGUUGACUACACUCUCUAUAGUAGUCACUCCGAGACAAACUUGCCUUUACUGACAGUGCUUGAUCUGCAAUGCUGGCAGCCUCUGGGUGCGAGCCCCUACUCGCCACUCUGGGAUGUGAACAUGCAGAAAAGGAAUAAAUUCUCACCGUGGGGUGGUCAACUUGUGCCAGGCGAUAGUCAAAUCUGGUUGGGAGAAAACACACUGGUUUUUAUGUAUAAUGUAAAUGCUGACAAACAAGAUGACAGCAAAGCUGAUAAGAACGAAAACACUCUUAUUCCAAGGAUUUCUAUUGACAUUGUUUCUGAUGCUGACAAUGAGGGCUCAGCUUUCAUGGAUAAAGAUGAUCAUGGUUUGGACAACAGCCAUGCAUACCAUUUCUAUGACCGUAGUGUGUCAAUGGGAGAUGUUCCGUCUCUCUGGGAUGACCAUGAAUCGCCAAAGAAAUCUGACCCUAAACUUUCUAAAAGCUUUGAGCUUGUUCCAUCUGAGCACUCCGCCUUCAAUGAUGUGCCAAGGAAGCUGAUACAAGUCCACAGCGAACCCAACUUGGUUCAGUUUCGUCAGGACUUCAUUGAUAAUGGUCAGGACACUACGCAGUCUCCUAAAGAACAUCUUUUCUUCUCACCAAAGACCCAUUUCAGGCCAAUAACUCCUGCAUUUGCUCCUGAACUGUUUACUUCAGCCAGUAAAAGCAAGCAGCAAGUAUGCCAUGACCUGUUUGGAGGAAUGCCAUCCACAAAAACACCAUACCAGCAAUACAAUGCUGUCAAUGAUGAUAGUGAUGAGGAAUCCUUUGUGCCAAGCUUUAAGCUGAAAAACUACAGCAAAUGUAUUCAAACUGGCGAGAGUUUUGACAAAGUAGACAGCCCUGAAGUGUUGAGUGGAGCUGAAGAGAGAGAUACCCCAGAAGCCUUGACUUUGAGCAUUAUUGAAGACAUCAUGGGAGAGAAUGAUGAUAGGGAUAGGCUGAUACCCAUAAAUGAAGACCUUGACACAGCAAAUACAGACUCUGCAUAUGAAACAGACUAUGGGUGUAAUCAGGGAGCGGAUAAUGAUUCUGACAGAGUGGCUGAGGCAUUUGGAGGGAGUAAAUGUCACCCUUGUUCCAGCUUUGGUCAGCUUCCCCAGCGUCAGCUUAGCAGUGAUGGGGCGGUAUUUGACUUUGGUCAUCAGGGGGACUUGGUGGACUUCAAAGUUGAGAGCUUUAUGGCAACCUUCCCCCACACCCAGGACUGGCCGGAUAGCUGCAUGCACCACGCCUCUGUACACAACGAUAUCUGGGCGGACACACAUAAAGAUAGCUCCACCUGCCAAACCACUGUACACAAUGAUAUCUGGAAAGACAAGCAUAAUGAUAGCUUCACCGACCAGGUCUCUGUACACAAUGAUAUCUGGAAGGACUCGCAGAGAGAUAGCUGCAACCAACCAGCGUCUGUGCACAGUGAUAUCUGGAAGGACUCGCUGUCACACAAAGAUGGGUGUCAUAUUGACAACUGGGCCAGCUUUGAUCAGGUUGGAGAAAAAGAAAAGCUGAAUGAGAGUCAGAUAUCCGCCAGCUUUCCAGGGACAGGUCAUGGGUUUUGGCAAGAAGAUAUUGGCCUGGAUCACUUGUACAAAGAUGAUAUUGAAAAAUACCGAAACAUCUGGAGCACUGCGGGACAGGAGUACCUAUCUGUGGAUAUCGCUUUGCCAGAAGAACAGGAAAAUCCUUGCAAGUUUUAUCCGGAGUAUUGUGAGGAACAAUAUGAUAAUGUUUCCCCGGACAACAUCAUCUUUCACCCUAUGUAUCUUGGCAACCUGGAAGGUGUUAUCGAUGCUGAGAAUGAAAUCAACGAUGAAAGAACGGCUGGUGAUGUUAAACAGGUAGAAGGAAGCUGCAACUUUGAGUUGGAUUAUGACGGGUUUGUAGGCUUUCCGGAGUGUAACGAUACAUGUGAUGGAUGUGAUCAAGCUGAUGAGGAGACGUGCCAUCAACCGGGGGACUACUUCAGUGUAAAAUUGGUCUACAGGGAUAAGGAACAAGAAAAGGCUGAUCCUAGUGCCGAACAGCACCACAGCUAUGGUUCAUACGAUCUCGCUCCGAUGCCAGAGGCUGUGACUCUUUCAGAGCUGGAGAGCGAAUGGCUUGAUACCAACUUACUCUGGGCACAGAAAAAGCCUUCCAGUUCCCAGCGUAAACCCUGCAGUUUCUAUCUGGAGGGGAACUGCCGGCGUGCCGACUGCAAGUUUGCACACGAUAUCUCGAACAUCACCUGUCGAUUCUGGGAGGAGGGAGGGUGCUUUAAGGGCCCUCUCUGUCCAUUUCUGCAUGGAUACCCGAGACAAGGCAGCCCUGUGGAUGAUGUUCACCUGACCCCAAUCAUGGCGGACGAUGACAGGGAGAGUUUUGAUCUAAACAGUGAUGAAUUCCCAGAACUCUCCCUCUCAGUCAAGAAUACUAACAACAACAACAGCAGCAGUACUAUCAAUCAAAAGAAGAGCAAGCCUCUGAAAUCCCAGAAUGCAAGUGUUGGAAAAACGGAGAGGAAUCGUCGCGGUAACCUGCGUCGUCAUAGCAACAAGGAAAAUAGAUGUGAAAUAAAUAUAGUGGCCAAGUGUAGUAGCAGUGUGUGAAAAUAACCAGUGGGUUAGACGUGCGAUACUCAUAUUCGUUGAAUUUGUUGUUAGCUGCUUUGGCACAAAACUGUAACUGUAUGUCGGCUUUUAUGCGGAUUGUAUGUUUUUGGCCAUAGUCAAGAUUUUGCAAGUUUUUGUUGAAAAGUUUUGUCAUUUGUUAUUAUUAUUAUAUAAACUGGUUAAUGCAUAAAUUGAUGUUAUAAAGAUGUUUCAUUUUAACAUAACUUUUCAAGGAUUUUGUUAUUGAAAAAAAAAAGAUAUCUAAGGAGGAAGCGUUACAAUCUGUUCAAAUCAAACAUAGAUUUAUUUCAAAAUUGAUGCUAACUUUCUCAUAAGUCCACUUAUAAAUAUCAAUUAUUGUAUUUGUAGUCUUUCGUUGCCCCAUUCCAUUUACAUGUUCGUUGUAAAAAGUUGUUAAAAUAUGAUAAAAAAAAAAUCAUUGUUAACAUUGUAAGAUAGAAAGAAGUCAUGAAGUUAUUUUUUGACAUAGAGUAAUUUGUCUCAAUUUUGUAUACGCCUCUAUACUCAACAAAACUAAUUAAUGGUCACUUAUACAAUCGUUGAAAAAGUGAUAUAAGACAACCGAUUUCUGCCAUAAUUCUAUUGGGAAGGUCAAUAAAAGGCUUAUUGAGAAAAUAGUGUGCCCAGUGGCAUAUGUUAAACCAGGGUUCAGGAUUAAUCAUAACUGAAUUGAGGAUUGAAAGCUUUUUGCUUCAGAGUAUUAUUAAGUUAAAAAGAUUUGUGGGGUUUUUUUGCUUGGACAUUUGUGUCAACAUUGUUUGAAGUACCUUAAAAUUAAAAUUAAUGACUUUGGAAACAACUUCAAAAGGUGUCCAAGCCCUGUCUAAGAUGGGUAUGAGUCCCCCAUACUCAUACAUACACCAGAAAUUAUUCAGGAUCAACAAUUAUUAGCUGUUAGAAACCCUGGUAAUAAGUUUCAAUGAAAUCUGAAUCAGUGAAAAAAAAUAUUUCAAAAAGUGACCCUUGGCCUUAAGAAAUUUGUUGAGUAUAAAUGUGUUGGCUAAAUAUUAGCAUAGUAAAUUUUUACAUGAUACACCCAAAAAAAAUCAAUUAGAAAUUAAAAAGUAAGAUAAUUUACGCUAUGAAAAAAAUUUUGGUUCAUAAAACGCAUGUAUUUAUUUACACUUCAUAUUAUUUCAUUUUAACUGGAAUUUUUAUCUGUCAGUAUGUUUCAACUUUCAUUCUUGUUAAAGACACAGUCUUAAGUUUGAUUUUAACAUUGUAAAAAGUUGAACCAUUCUGUAGGGAUAAACACAUUCAUCUCACAUCAUUUUCAUCAUUCUAGUUUAGUCUUAUUUAUUAUCAAUGUUGUUGAUUUGUUGUUUAAAUGUUUAUUAAAAUAGUUUUAUCCGAAUUAUAUGUUUAAGAAGCUGAAGUGAGCUUAAGAAUCUUUUUUUUCUCUUAACAAGAGAUGAAUGGGAAUUUUCGUAAGGUUUUCAAUAAAGAGUUAAAACUUACAUGAAUAUACUUAAAUGAAUAUGGAAGGUAAGCCAUCCAUCAUAAAGGAUGCAGAUAUGCAUUGGUGCAUUUAGAUAUUAAUAUUGAGAUUAUUUCUAUGUAAAGUUUUGCAUGGAUUAAAUUUUUUGACAAACUCCAUUAUGAUCCUACUUUUAUGAUAUGAUGCAGGAGAAAAAUAAGGAGAAAAUAAAACAAUAUUUUACUAUGAUUAUAUUGCAAUUUUAUUAAUUUGUUCCUUAUAUAUCCUAAUGCCAAAAUAAAAAAAGCUUUGGCGAAAACUACAAAAAUAUUCAAACUUAACAUUUUGUAACUUAAAAAUGAAAAUUUACUUCUUUUUUUUUGUAUUAAUGAUGGACGUCUUACCUUAAAAAGAAUUUCUGAGAUUAAAUGUUCAAUUUUUGUUAUUUUUUUUAUUAACAAACCAAGGAAUGAAAUGAACAAAGUUAUUACAACCCGCAAAAGACAAAGGGAAAAUUUUAUUUCUGAAACAAAACAAAAACAAAUAUUUUUUACCUUGUAAAAUUGAUGCAUUUAUUGUUCAUUCGUAAAACAUCAUUAUAGACACAUGUUAAUGUAUAUAAUUACAGUAUAUUAUGCAUUGAUUGUAAAUCCAACCAACCGUUACUUUAUAAUUUCACCCUUACAAUGUCAUUGUUCUAUUUACAUGUACCGGUACUAUAAAUCCUACCUGUUGUAUUAUACAUACAUUGUUCCUCCACCAUCUCAAAUUGAGACACCACGUUGGGAAGCAUCACCACAUGUCAAAGGCUAUUUGCAAGACGGACAUUACUUCUUUCUAUGAAUGGAGUAACAAUCAUUUUGUGCUGAGACCAUGUAGUACUGUAGGUUGGUUAAAUUUCACGAUGGUUUAAUAUUUGAGGUAUUUCUUGGACUCAUCACCUACGGUAUCUGUUAAAGGAAGUUUUUGAAGUUUUAUUCUCCCUAAAAAUGGGCUAAAACUUUUAUACUUCAAUCAUCUGUUAAGGAAGUUUGGAUGUAUUUUUCUCCCUAAAAAAGAUUGUACUUCCAGUUUCAAAUUAUGGAAACCCUGAAUCAGAUCGAGAAGUUGACACAAAGGGAAAUAGGAUUUAAUUCAUGUUUACUAAAGAUUAAAUUAUGGCAUCGCAAUUUUAAAUCUUGCAAAUUAGUCACAACCAACUAAUUGUAAAUAAUCAAUGUCAUGAAAUUGAGCCAAUUUACAGUAAUUUGCAUACAAGGAAAGUUGGCUUAUUGUUAAGAGAGAACGUCAUGAAAUGAAACCAUUCUACGGAAAUUUGAAAACUAUGAGAAGUUGACAUCUGUCUGUUUUUGUCAUAUUUAGAUUUAUUUGUAGUUUGAGGAAACUAGUUCUGUUCUAUGCAUUGUUUUUAUGUCAUUUAUUCUGUAAUUCAUAUCAAAGUGAUGAUAAUUCAUGUAAUUCAUGUACAUAGUCAACGUAGUUUGCUGGAUGAAAAACUGUGUCAUAUUACAUCAUAAAAUUAUUCGUUCUAUAAAAGCCAUAGUUAUUAAUAGUAUAUAGAUGGUCUGUUGCAAAAAAAUUCAUGAGACAUUUUGAUUGUUGAAAUACCAUGCACCUUACUUUACAGUCAUUUAUUCAUGUGAUUUAUAAUGUCGGAAUUGAGCAAAAAAAUAUACAGGUGUUCGCAUUCACUCAACGACAUUCUUGUUAAUUGUCAGAUUAAAGUCUGGGUGUUUGUUCCUCGUAUCAUUAUAAGUAGUAAAACAGAGAAAAAAAAUGACACCAUGUUUAACUUCAAUAGAAAAAAAGCUUUCCCGUUCGUCAGUAUUGAUGUUUCAUGUAAACAGUGUAUUUGUAUUUGGAAAGUUUGUAAAUUUUUACCUAUUCUGUGAUUUGUUGUGCCAAUGUUUGCAAAACGUUUUUCUAAACUUCUGUUUUGAAGUUAGUGCUAAACUUACUGAAAUCGUGAGGCUGAAAUCAUCAGUCUUAUGUGCUGAGUUUGAUCUGAAAUUGUCUUGCCAAAUUGUUCGUAUUUUUAUUUUAUGAUGAUUUAAAUAGUUACUGUAGUUAGCUUAAAUUUCGUGCCGGUUUAAUAUUCGUGAUAUUUCAUGAAUCGAUCAAAUGAAAAAUUGAACACUGAGCAAAACAUUUUUUUCAAGAGUGUUUGUCCGAUGUCAUUGUUUAAAAAACGGUGUUGUCAACUUUAAAAUCUAGCGAAAUUUAUAUUCUAGUUUUUGUUCAUUUGAUGUUCAAAGGAUGGUGUUGAAAUUUGUUUAACUGACAAAUUUAUCCAAAACUAAAAAUAAAAUUGUGAAAAAGGGACGUUACGAAAUUUAAACAUUCUACUGUAGUUUAAAGGAUUGGAAAUGUUUUGCAAGCAUUGGUCUUUUGUACUUUUAGAUGUUAAAUCUUAUUAAGUCUGUGAUUGUGUUUAUCUGAGUACUUGUCAUGUUGUAUGAUUACUAAUGUUGUCAUUGUUUGUCAUUUACUUUAUGUAGGUUUUACCAGGUUUUAAUCUUGCAUUAUUUUGUAUAUGUAUGCUUCUAUAUGAGAGGAGAAUUUAAGUAUAGUUUAGUGUAUGUCGUUAAAGAAAAACUGUUUUACCUAUAGCAAUGCACAUACAGUCAAAUCUCGUUGGCUCGAUAUCCCAGGGACUGGCCAAAAUACUUUGAGCCUCGCGAAUAUAGAGCCAAGCGGAAAUACUUACACAGGGUUAAACAAAAUCGGUCCUUUACAUCCAGUUCGAGCCAACGAGGAAAUCGAGCCAAGCGAUAGCGUGCAAGCGGGUUUUGACUGUAUAUGUACAUGUAUAGUGUAUAGCCAGAUGAAAACCCAGGAAUAGGGCAAAAUAUCACGAAAGGAUUGUCAUUAGCUCACACUAUUCUCAUUAAGUGUUAAGUAACAAAAAGUAACAAUUUAACCUGGUUGUUAUCUUUGUAGGGAUUUUUAAAGUGUUCUUACAGUGAGAAUAGUUUUGAGAUUUAUAGACCCAGUCUGAUUUUUAUCUUUAAACUUGCGCUUAGAAGAUGAAGGAAUUGUCUUUUACACGAGCACAUGCACACUAAUAUAGUUUGAAACUGCACAAAGUAUUUUAAUUUCUGAGGCCACACCAAAUUUAUGUUUUGUUCUACAAAAUGUCUGCACAUAUAUUUUAGAAACGUCUAAAAAGAAAAAAUAUAUAUAUUUCAUUUACGGUUUCUUUUUUCACCCCAAAAAUAGAUCAAAAAUGCUAAACAUUGCUAAACAAUGUUUUUUUUGUGAAAAAAUGCCUUAUAAAGCUUUCUGGUUAAAUCAUGUUAUAUCAAGCAAAGAAAAUCGUAUUAAAUUGUUUCUGUGACAACUUCCGGAAGACUGAAACUGGUAUAUGAAAUGAAUAUGUUGCAGAGUAUUUUCUUUAACAUGCAUUCAAUAGGGUGAAUAAUGUUGUGAUUGUUUAGGAUUAUCUUUCUCAAUAUUAAUUUUAUAGAAAUUAUUUUUUUCACUUUCACCUGUUUCUAUGCAAAAUGGAAAAACAUUUUUAUUUUGUUCGGUAGCUCCAAUUUUCUGUGUCCAAAGUCUGUAGAACAAAAUAUUAAAUUCAUUGGUGUGGCUUGAUUGUGAUUUCCUUUACACAUUGUGCUUUCUAGUCAAAGAAAAUCACAUAAGGAAGAAGGUAGAUAUUGUUGAUUGGAAUUUUUUGAUUGUUCAUAAAUUAGGAUGUUUACAGAUACAUGAAGAGUAAUUUUAAGAAAAAUCAAAAUGAUAAAUACACCAAAAUCUAUAUUAUGACUGUAACUUUUAGUAUUAAGCUAGGUAAUGUGUAUGUAUCAUUUUGUAAAAAUAAUUGUGUAUUUAUCCAAAACUAUGCAGAUAGAAUGAUUGUCAAUGUGUCAUCAUACCAAAACAUGCGUACAAAAUGUAUUUAAAUUUUUAUUAUUCUUCAUUAAAGUUUCAUUCAUCUUUUGUAGUAAAACAUCAAACAAUACCACAUAUAAACAUUAAGGAAACCUUGAAACAAGGUUUUCGUUUAUACUUAACAGAGGUCAUUCAUUUAUUCAUAUUAUUUCCAAUAUUCACAUUUUCGAGUGUAUGGAUUUGUAGUAAACCUGACUUGAACUUCUGUGGUAAAGCUCAGACUAAAAUUUUUUUGAGCUAUAGAACAAGAGUUAGGUUAUACGGGAAUAUUGCCAAAUCUAUACCAAAUCUAUACGAAGAAUUUUAUUACAGAGCUGAGUAGGGUCAGGUCAUUGAAAUUUAAGUCUUGUUGUAUUUAUACAACUGCUCUUAUUAGAGGGAUGCUUGUGAAAUCAAAAAAAAAAUCAGAUCUUUUUAGUGCACCAUCUAAAAUAGUUUAACACGUGUGUGAGGUAUGGGGCUAUCUUAACAUUGCUACUAUUGAAUGAUAGCAUAUUCAAAUUAAUAUACCUGAGUAUUUCUAUUUCAAAAAUAAAAGCUUCUUUGGUCAGUUAAGGCAUAGUGCACAUGUUUUUGCAAGUAAACUUAAAAUUUAACAUGUGACGCCUACUAAAUUAAAGACGUGAAAUCUUGAUUUUAGGAUAGUUGAUCGUACGAUUGUUUAUAAGAUUAACCCUAUUUGUUUAAGGACUUCGUUAAAGAAACAUACAUAAAAUAUUUAUGUUUUCUUACAUUAUUUUCUUGGUGUAAGAGGUUUGGAUCUUAGGAAUGGUCCUAUAGUCUGGUUUGCUGUGUGUUACGGUGUAUAAAAUAUAUUGUUAGCCAGCAAUACCCUUAAUAUAUGAAAGCCUACUAUUAUAUGUUACCAAAUGUAGGCUUCAGUAUUAACGCUGUAAUGGUGUUAAUUUAAUUAAAACUAUAGGGGUAUUUGUUGUUAUAUAUAUAUAUAUAUAUAUAUAUAUAUAUAUGUUGUUAUAGUAACAUGAACUUGUUAUACAUUAAUAAUUCAAUGUUUCAAUUAUCAAGCUUAAGCUAAGAUUUUUUACUCCAGAUAUAUCUGUAGUUAAAAAAAGAAAUAGUCACUUAAAAAAAGUAUUUGUUUCACUGGUACAUAUAUAUUUUUUUAAAUCUUUUAAGCUUAAAGUUUGGGAGAAAAUGGUUUUCGCUUUUAUUAUAUAUUUUUUUAGUUCAUUCUAAUUUUUAAGUGUUAUUUUUUUCUUUCAAUUCUGUUCUUAUUCGCAUAAGUAAAUAAAGCUUAUGUAGAUUCAAGUUAUGAUUAGCAGGCAUUAAUAAACUUUAGUGACUUACAGAUAUGGAAAAGAAAGCUUUGAAGAGACAUUUUAAAAAUCCACAUGUUUUUUUUGAUUGGUGGAGUGAAGUGAAACAUAUGUUGGUUAUAGAACAUUACACAUUGUGUAUAUAUGUUAAGUCUGUGGUCCUAACUAGGGAUGAUAAAAUUUAGGAUUUGUCCUGAAAAUGGAGAUUAGGAGAUUUCAAUUUCAGACUAGCGUACAUUUCUUAUAAUUGUUUUUUUGCUGGAAAUUUGCAUCAAAAACAUAAGAUGUUGUACGAUGAAUUGCAUUUAAAUGGCUUUGAAAUGAGGUCAUUGCGUCUUUGCCCUGCAUUUGGCCUGGGGCCAUAUUCAUAAAACAUUCUAGUGAAAAUUUUCAAAUUAGUGAGAAAAAAAAUAAAAAAAUUCUAAGUUGAAAUUUUAGAAGACUAACAAAGUUUUUACACUUAAGUAUAAAAAAAAGUGUGAUUUUUUUUUUUAAAAAGGCAUAUGAGUAAUUUUGUUGAAAAAUAGAGGGUAUUUAAAAUAUUGGUUUAAAAUAUGGAAAAAAAUAAGAGUGAAAAUUUUCACUAAGAAGCUUUUUUGAUAUGGCUUCUUGACCCGUCAUUCUCAAACUUUUCACUACUUGAAUUUUCAGCCUCUUAUCAUCCCUAUUGACUUGCUGGAUACAGACUCCAUGUUUGUUGUUGUGUUUAAUAUGAAAUGUAAAAAAAAAUGGAAAAACACCUUUUUCAUAUUGCAUUUGAUACUGUAUGCCAGGUUAUGGAAAUUAAUCUUACUGGUCUGUGAGGAUAAUUGUUGAGAAAGGAAACGUCUUCUUAUUUUGACUUUUAUUCAGAAGUUAGACGGACAUGUUAAUACUUGAAAGUCCAUUUUGUUGAAGUAAACUUUUGUUUAUUAGUUUGCAUUUCCUGAAGAGACAAAUUAAAGUACAUAAUAUGUGGUAUCAUUUGCAGUAAAAGUUGUCUCCCUUCGAUAAAAAUAGAAAAUACUAAGAAUGGGAGGGUAGAAAAUUGUUAUUGCUUAGAAACUUUGUUAACGUGUCUACCUCCAUGUUAACUAUCUUGAAAAUGUUCAAGAGUGUAUUUUUUAGGAAAAAAGCUUGUUCAAAAUGUGACCAUGCUCUAUCUGUUGUUAUAUCACGGUGUAUGAUUAAAUCAUCGAAUAGCACAGAAACAUGUGCAAGUACUGAAAUCAGAAUAGUUAACCCAACUGGUCUGUGUAUCUUGGACAAAACACUUCAAACUUUUUUUCGACAUAAAAACCCUGGUCACAUGAACAAGCUUUUUUAAAGGCUCAGAUAGAUCUGCAAAAUUGCUAACAUUUCUGUUGACAGCGAACCAAAUAAAACAGUGAUUACUCAUUCAAAAAGGUUCUGAGAUUGACAUUUUCAGUUAAAAGCUCUAUGCAAACCACUUUUUUGUUAUUACUAAGGAUUUUCUAAAUUAAGAUUCGCUGUCAACAGAGAUAUGUUUUAUGGAUGUGAAAUUUGGGGAAAGAGCUGGAAUCCAGCUCAGUGCCAUCUAUGAACAAAUCCAGACAAACUCACGUAAUAAAAUCUUUAAAGCAAUUGGUAGUAUUUUAAAAUGAGGUACUAGUAAUGGUUUUCAUGGAAGUUAUGGGUGUUUUUUUAAGAAAUCUGCAGCAAGAGUUCUGCGUUUGUCUGGAUCUGUUAAUGUAAACUCAUUUUGACCUAAUUUGGGUCGCUUAUGUCAUCUUUCAAUGGUUGAAAUAUAAUGAUUUUCAAUGAUUCUCGUAUACCUUUGGUAAAAAAAAUAAUUUUAAAAACUUGUAUUCCCUAUAACAACGUAUAUAACAGUGAUUGUUUCGAACAUCUGUCAAAUUAUUGGUCUUUAAUCCUGUUGAUAAGAUGACAAUAAACUGAAGAGAAAAAUA